AUGUCUUCUUGCUCCUCUUGCACCUUCCUUUUCCUUUUCUCCUUCCUCACUAGUUAUGGAGCUUCUGCUCAAAAUCCUCAAAAUCCUCAAAAUCCUUAUUUCCUAGACCUGUUUUGUCCGAAUACAACUAGAAACAGCACUUACUUUACCAGUAACCGCGAAAACGUUUUGUCCUCUCUCCGAGACGCUUCAUACUACACCGGAUUCCAAAACGCAACUGCAGGACAAGCCCCCAACAAGGUCAACGGACUUUUCCUUUGCCGGGGAGACGUCUUGCAAGAAGUUUGUCGUAACUGCGUAACGUAUUCCGUCAACCAAAUAUUAGCACGGUGUCCGAAUGGGAAUGAAGCCGUUAUCUACUUCGAGGAGUGUAUCCUUAGAUACUCCCACAAGAAUAUUUUCUCUGUCCUUACACUCGAAGGAGAACAUAUCAGGAUGAACGGUAAUAAUAUUUCGUUGAGUCAAGAAGUCCGUUUCCGUGGACAGGUGUCGUUCAUGUUGAACCUAGCAGCGUCCGAGGCAGCGAACAAUUCUAGAAAGUUCUACACGACAAAGGCUAAUUUUACCAAAGUCCAGACUUUGUACGUCUUGGCUCAGUGCACUCCUGAUCUUACUAGACAAGACUGCUUGACCUGUUUGCGAUCCUCCAUCAAUGGAAUGCCUCUUAACAGAUACGGAGGAAGACUUCUCUGGCCUAGUUGUAAUACUAGGUACGAGCUUAACUUGUUCUACAACGAAACCGCCAAUAGAACAUCUCCUCCACGAUCUGGUAAACUCCCCUUCCUUUGUUUAUUUUAUUCCUCAAGGAUUAGCAAUAUUUCUUUACCAGGGAAAGACGGGAAUUCAAAUGUGUUAGCCGUAACCGUCGUUGUGCCUAUUGUAGUAAUUGUUCUGCUUUUCGGAGCUUGUUAUUGCUUCAUAGCAAAGAGGGCAAAGCAGACAUCUGAUUCUGCACCAGCAUCGUCCACAGGAGAUGGGAUAACAACCAUAGAGUCGUUGCAACUUGAUUAUAGAACAAUUCAAGCUGCAACAGAUAAUUUUUCAGAAAAUAAUAAGAUUGGUCGAGGUGGAUUUGGUGAAGUCUACAAGGGCACAUUUUCAAAUGGGACUGAAGUUGCAGCAAAAAAACUGUCAAAAUCUUCAGGACAGGGUGAUCUAGAGUUCAUGAACGAGGUUGUUGUUGUUGCAAAGCUUCAGCACAGAAACUUGGUUAGGCUUCUCGGAUUUUCUCUAAACCGAAAAGAAAGGAUAUUGGUCUAUGAGUAUGUGCCUAACAAAAGCCUUGAUUACUUCCUCUUUGACACUGCAAAGCAAGGCCAACUGGACUGGCCUCGACGAUUCACAAUCAUUGAAGGGAUUGCUCGGGGGAUUCUAUAUCUUCAUCAAGAUUCACGAAUCACAAUCAUACACCGUGAUCUGAAGGCAAGUAACGUACUCCUAGAUGCGGAUAUGAAUCCAAAAGUUGCUGAUUUUGGAAUGGCAAAGAUCUUUGGAAUUGACCAAACUCAGGGGAACACAAGCAGAAUAGUUGGUACCUUUUUUGUUGUGGAUUGUAGCGGUUACAUGUCUCCUGAAUAUGCGAUGCAUGGCCACUUCUCAAUGAAAUCAGAUGUCUAUAGCUUUGGAGUGUUAGUUCUUGAGAUUAUAAGUGGUAAGAAGAACAGCAAAUUCUAUGAGAUAGACGGUGGGCAUGACUUGGUCACAUAUGUUUGGAGGCUUUGGAGUAACGGAACAACAUUAGACAUUGUGGAUCCAGUUAUUUUAGAUAAUUUCCAAAAGAGUGAAGUGCUUCGAUGCAUCCAUAUCGGUCUUUUAUGUGUUCAAGAAGAUCAUAUAGUGCGGCCGACCAUGAGAACUAUUUUAAUGAUGCUCACUAGUAAUACAGUGACUUUACCAGUGCCUCGACAACCAGGUUUUUUCGUUCAGAAUAGGCCCCAAAAAGACCCGCUUGAUUCAGAUCAAUCAAGGACAAGCAACUCUGUUCCAGCUGGGUCUUUCGAUGAUGCAUCAGUCACUGAGGUAUCUCCUCGCUGA